AUGGGUAACUUAGUUCAUUAUCCUUUCUUCGAUGAUGUGUUUGUAUUGGGAGCAUUUAGAGCCAUCCAGAAGGGUAUCUUUGUGAGCUGCUCUGCUGGAAAUGGUGGACCCUUACCGAGUUCAGUAACCAACUCAGCGCCAUGGAUUCUAACCGUCGGAGCAAGUACGAUCGAUAGGGAGAUCAGGGCGACGGUGACGUUGGGGAACAAUGUGGAGCUCCAUGGCCAAUCCCUCUUCCAGCCUACGAACUUCCAUCCAAAGCAGCUGCCCAUUGUGGACCCUUCUACCUACAGUGCAUCAGCAGCAUUUUGUUGGGAAGGGUCACUGAAGAACAUUGACGUGAAGGGCAAGAUAGUCAUAUGCCAGGUGGUAUCGACGGCUCUGAUAACUGCCCAGGGGCAAGAAGUGAAGGACAACGGAGGAGCAGGCGUGAUCUUGAUCAACCGUGCGGAAGAUGGCGACACUACUAGUCCUGAACCUCAUGUACUCCCUGCAUCGAACCUCGGUUACAAGGACGGAUUGCGCGUCCUCGAUUACUUGAACUCCACGUCAUCCCCAACUGCAGCAAUCUCAUUCCAAGGUACCUUGAUUGGCAAGUCGAAAAUCGCUCCACAAGUCGCCUCCUUCUCCUCCAGAGGUCCCAACCUGCAAUCUCCCGGGAUCCUGAAGCCGGACAUCAUCGGCCCCGGGGUCAACAUUCUGGCUGCUUGGGGGGAACCAGUCGACAAUGCUACAACCCCAUUCAAUGUUGUCUCCGGAACUUCAAUGUCUUGCCCACAUCUGAGUGGAGUUGCAGCUCUGAUCAAGAGUGCUCAUCCCAAUUGGUCCCCUGCAGCCAUAAAGUCGGCCAUUUUGACCACAGCUUACACCUACGAUCUCGAUUACAACCCGAUCUCCACCGAGCAGAAUGUUCCAGCCACGGUCUUCGACAUGGGUUCGGGCCAUGUGGACCCAACCAAGGCACUGAACCCGGGGCUGGUCUACGAUAUCGAGCCGGAUGACUUCGUUCCUUACCUAUGUGGGUUGGGUUAUGACGACAAGCAAGUGAGAAUGAUCGUGCAGCGGAAGGUGAACUGCUCGAGUACUGGGUCUUCGAUACCGGAGGCUCAGCUGAACUACCCGACAUUCUCCAUCUCGCUGGGUGCUGGCGAGCAGAAGAAGACGUACACUCGAACGGUUACUAAUGUUGGCCGGCCUAACUCGAGGUACAUGAGCGUGGCUGAUUCGUGGAAAGGGAUUCUCGACGUUGAAGUCGCUCCUAGGGAGAUGUCAUUCAAGGAGGUGGGAGAGAAAGCGAGUUACUCUGUUACGUUUACCAGGUUGGGGAAUUUGACAGCAAGUGACAGUACUGCUGUUCGUCAAGGUUACUUGGUUUGGUCUGCUUCCACAUUGUUCUUCCCCACCUUCUCCUUUUCCCAUGAAGCAUCAGAGGCUUCCAGGAUAACCGGCAUGGAAACCUACAUUGUGUUUGUAGAGAAACCAGAAGGCCUACUAGAAUCCAAUCUACAUGAGUGGUACACCACAUUCCUCUCAGAAACUACUUCAAACAUAGUUCCAAGCAAACAACGGAUCGUCCAUUCCUACCGCAAUGUGAUCACAGGCUUUGCUGCUAAACUCACCCCGCAAGAGGCCAAAGCAAUGGAACAUAAGGAAGGCUUUAUUUCGGCUAGAGUCGAGCGACCUGUAUCCUUUCACACAACCUUCACUCCCAAGUUCCUUGGCCUGCAACAUAAUGGAGGGCCUUGGAAGUCCUCACAUUACGGCAAGGGAGUGAUCAUUGGCCUGAUUGACUCAGGGAUAAAGCACGAUCACCCUUCUUUCUUCGACAAAGGCAUGUCUCCCCCGCCAGCCAGGUGGAGAGGCAGGUGUGACUUCAACGGCAAGAAAACAUGUAAUAACAAGCUCCUUGGUGCUAGAAGCUUCUUAGGGGCCGGGGAUACCCCAGUGGAGAAGGCAGUACUCCAUGGGAGUCAUACUGCAGCAGAAGCUGCAGGGAGCCCUGUAGAAGCUGCCAAUGUGUUUGGACAAGCGAAUGGAACAGCCAUGGGGAUCGCGCCAAAAGCCCACUUGGCAAUGUACAAGGUCCGUGGGGCUGAUAGUAGCGUAUUGGCAGCAAUUGAUGCAGCUAUUGAGGAUGGCGUUGAUGUGCUUUCAAUCUCAAUGGGUUACUUCAAUGGCAGGUUUCCUUUCUUUGAUGAUCUGUUUGUAUUGGGAGCAUUUAGAGCCAUCCAGAAGGGUAUCUUUGUGAGCUGCUCUGCUGGAAAUGGUGGACCUUCCCCGAACUCAGUAACCAACGCGGCACCUUGGAUUCUAACCGUCGGAGCAAGUACAAUCGAUAGGGAGAUCAGGGCAACGGUGACGUUGGGGAACAAUGUGGAGCUCCAUGGCCAGUCCCUCUUCCAGCCUACUGACUUCCACUCAAAGCAGCUGCCCCUUGUGGACCUUUCUACCUAUAGUGCAUCAGCAGCAUAUUGUGGUAAAGGGUCACUGAAGAAUAUUGAUAUUAAGGGCAAGAUAGUCAUGUGCCAGACCAAAUUGAGAGCUCUGAGAACCGAUCAGGGGAAAGAAGUGAAGGACAAUGGAGGAGCAGGCGUGAUCUUUAUCAAUGGCGUGAAAGAUGGAGACACUACUAUUCCUGAUGCUCAUGUCCUCCCUGCAUCAUACCUCGGUUACAAUGAUGGAUUGGUAGUCAAGGGUUACUUGAACUCCACGCAGUCCCCAACUGCAGCAAUCUCAUUCCAAGGUACCUUGAUUGGCAAGUCGAAAAUCGCUCCACAAGUCGCCUCGUUCUCCUCUAGAGGUCCUAGCCUGCAAUCUCCGGGGAUCCUGAAGCCCGACAUCAUUGGCCCCGGGGUCAACAUUUUGGCUGCUUGGGGAGUCUCAAUCGACAAUGCUACAACCCCAUUCAGCGUGGAAUCGGGAACUUCAAUGUCUUGCCCACAUCUCAGUGGAGUUGCAGCUCUGAUCAAGAGUGCUCAUCCCCGUUGGUCCCCUGCUGCCAUAAGGUCGGCCAUUUUGACCACUGCCUACACAUUUGAUCUCAGUGGCCACCCGAUCUCGAACGAGCAGAAUGUUUCUGCUACAGUUUUCGACAUGGGUUCAGGCCACGUGAACCCAUCGAAGGCAUUGAACCCCGGGCUGGUCUAUGAUAUCGAGCCAGAUGACUACAUCCCUUACCUCUGUGGGUUGGGUUAUAGCGACAAGCAAGUGAGAAUGAUCGUGCAGCGAAAGGUGAACUGCUCGAGUCCUGGAUCUUCGAUACCGGAGGCUCAGCUGAACUACCCAACAUUCUCGAUCUCGCUGGCUCGGGGUGAAAAUCAGACAUACACUAGAACGGUGACUAACGUUGGCCAGCCUAACUCGACGUACUACGGCAAGGUUCGGUCACUGGAAGGGGCUGGUGUUGCAGUCACAAUCGUGCCUAGUGAGAUCAAGUUCAAGGAGGUGAACGAGAAAGCCAGCUACUCUGUAACGUUUACCAGGUUGGAUAAUGUGGCUAGAAGCAGUGAUGUUGGUCAAGGUUCCUUGGUCUGGUCAUCUCUUGCUGCUGUUGCUGAUGGUGAUGAUCGGUAUGAGGUUGUGAGUACUAUUGCCGUUAACUUUGUUUGA